GCCCAGGCAAGACACCGUGUUCCCAGCGUUUCUGCAGCUCAGGUCACCCAUCUGCAGAGUGCAGGACUCAGACACUGACAGAGAGCUGUGGGAGGUUUUUUAUAUUUGUGGAUGGAUCCAGGAGGCUUUUGAAGAUGUUUUUUAUUUCCUCUUCUGGGUGGAUUUGUGAACAUUUCAAAAUGAAUGUACUAAGCAGCCUUCUGCCUUGAGUGAGUCCGUCGUCGUCUCCAGCGUUCCAUGUCUGGACCUUAACCAGCAGAGACAUGUCCAAUGACACCUGCAGCCUCCCUCUGGACACGGACGUCUUUGCCCUGACCUGUGUCUACGGUGUCAUCUUCUCCUUGGGCCUGCCCAGCAACCUGCUGUCUCUUUGGGGCUUGUACCACCUCGGUCGCUCGGGUAGCGGGGGCUGCCAGCUCAUUUACAUCCUCAACCUGCUGCUGUCGGACCUCCUCCAGCUGCUCACCUUGCCCCUGUGGAUCCUCUACCUGCAGGGCGCCCACCGCUGGCCCUACGGCCGGCUCACCUGCGAGCUGGUCGGAUACGUGUUUUACGUCAACGUCUACGCCAGCGUCAUGUUCCUGUGUCUGAUUGCCAUAGACCGCUGCCUGGCCAUCGUGUACCCGCUGAGCAGCCGCAGGGUGCGGACAGUGAGGGUGGCGGCGGUGCUGGGAGUGGCAGUGUGGAUCCUAACCUUCCUGUUUUGCCUGAGCGGGUUGCUGCCGUCCGUGUUUGACUCUGAGCGGCAGCUGUGUCUGGAGAAGUACCCGGUCAGCCCCAGAUACGCUCACUUUAAGAUCAUCACUGUGCUUCUGGGUUUUCUGCUGCCAUGUACCAUUCUAGGCUACACCUCAGCUCACAUCGGGGUGUCACUACGCCGGUCUCCAUCUCUCUCCAACCACGAGCGCUACAAAAUUGUUGGCAUCCUGGUCGUGAUAACAUUCAACUUUAUUGUAGUCUUUGGACCCUACCACCUGGUAGGUGGAUACAGGUUUGUGUCCCUGUUGGAGACCGACGAGCCGUGUCUGUUUGAGCAGUCCAUUUUCUAUGUCUACCGCCUUUGCUACGGCCUGACCAGCCUCAACACUUUACUGGAUCCCCUGUUUUACAUUUUCCUCUGUCCUGACGCUCGGCUAGAGCUGCAGAGAUCCCUACCCUGCCUGAGAAGAGGACAAAAAGGCCAUAAAAACAUGAGCAUGAGCACCAGAUGUCAUCUGGACAAACAGAGGGAGAAUGAAAACAGACAACUUUGUGACAAUCUAAACCGGACUGUACAGGUGUAAUAUCAGAUUAAUGGCGCCAUCUAGUGGACAACUGCUGGUGUUUCAGUUUCCUAAUGAAAACACGAAUUUGCUCCUGUAAAGUACAGAAGACUUGUGGAAGGAUUUUGUUUCAAUUUGUACCUCCAACACAUUUAUUUAGACUGCAGAUCUGCUUUUUACUAGA